AUGAAGUUUUAUAAUACUUUUAUCAAUUUAUUCUUUUUAGCUGGUACUAUAUUAUUAUUAAUAUUUACAGUAUUAUCAGGUUCAUCAAACCAUUUCCCAUUAAAUAGAUUUUAUUGGUUAGAAGCUGAUACUUCAGAUAUUCCAAAUGCUCCAGCAGAUAGAUCAGCAUGGACAUUUUGGGGAGUUUGUGAUAAAGACGAUUAUUCAAAUUGUUUAACGGGACCAGCUUAUCCAAUUUCACCAGAAGACAAUUUUAAUGCUACAAGUAAUGUUCCAUUAAAAUUUCUUAAUCAACAAAAUACAUUUUAUUAUUUGUCAAGAUUUUCAUUUGCAUUUUGUUUAAUUGCUUUAGCUUUUACAGGUAUUUCAUUUAUAAUUGGAAUUUUAUCAUUCUGUUUCUUAGUUAUUGACAAAAUUGUUAUAUUUUUAAUUUCAAUUGGUCUAUUAUUUUUAACAGCUUUUUGUUCAUGUCAAACUGCAGUUAUUGUAUUGGCAAAACAAGCAUUUAAUGAUGCUGAUAGAUAUGCUCAUGUUGGUGCUAAAUCAAUGGGUAUAAUGUGGGCAUCAUUUGUAUGUUUAGUUAUUUGUUGGUUAUUAGUUUUCAGUUCAAAUAUUGCUCAAAGUUAUAGAAAACAUAUGAAUAGAGUAAAUCAAGAAAAAGGUUAUAAUCAACAACAACAAGGAUAUCCAGAAAAUGAUCAAAGUUCAUUUACAAGAUCACAACCAGUUGUAAAAGAUGAAACUCCUGCAAAUAAUAAUACUGGUGGUAUUAGAUUUUUUAAAAUUAAAAGAAAUCAAAAAGUUUCAGAUGAAGAAUCAGAAUAG